AUGACAGGUAUGGACGUCGAUAUGAUGGAAACGGAGGCAAACGCUCAGCCGCAACCGGUGGCGUUAAAUGCGGACCAGACAGAAGCUGUUCGGAAUUUGCUGAUAAUGGCUAGGCAACUCAUCGAUCAAAAUAAGCCUUCUCAGUCUCUUCAAGCGGUGGUGAUGGCAAUGAGAUUACAAGGUGGGGAUGAAGCUGUUUCUCAAGCUCUUAACCGUGCUCGAGAGCUCUACAGAAACAAAGUUCAAGCUAGUGCUGCUGCUGAUGAGCUGGCUUCGUUGUUUGCUGAAUGUGCAAUUGCAGAGGCCAUGCCAUCACAAUAUGAAUCAUCUCAGCACCAUGUUAUUGCUCAAUCCAUUGAACCAGACGUUCAGGGAACUUCUAUACUUUCUGAGAGUGGCAGGAAGCAAAUCGUGCUUGAUGCAUUCUCAGAUGGAAGCAGCUUUGUCUGCUUACAAUGUGGGGGUCUUGUUAGCAAUAAUCGCAAAGAGGAACACUGUGCAUUCUGGUGUUGCAAAAUCUGA